GUCAAAAUUUCGUCCCAGCCAUGUGGCGGAGUUUACUUCGAAUAUUUUACCCCAAAAACUUGUUAUUAUACUGAAAGUAUUCGUAAAGAUUAUAACACAAGCACGGAGACAAACAGUUUGGAAGAAACCUGUGGAAAAGAACAUAAACUAAAAGUUAAUUUUGAACAUAUCAAAAUACAGGAGACUAAUAUUCAAAAACCAGUACUGCAGUGAGCAAUAAGGUGAAUCAAGAUGGAUGAAAAGAAGCUAGCAUCACUUAAAACAACCAUCAGAGCCGUUCUACAAUCGUCUAAAGAAGGGGUGCUGGCAAGACUUUUUAGCAGAGAUCUUUAUGAUAUGACUGGUGAAAGUGUACCAUAUGCAAAAUUAGGUUUUCCAGAUUUGGACAGUUUCUUCCGAUCAAUUCAUGACACUGUUAGGAUUGGCCUUAAUAGAGAUGGAGAAAAGACGUAUUACUGUGUUGUUGAUGAGUCCACAGCUCAUCUACAUAAAAUGAUAUCGGCUCAACGGUCGUCAAAGAAAAGGAAAGGACGAGGUAGAGGGAAGAUAUCUUCAGCACGAAGACCUACAUACCCACAACCAAGAAAAAGUUACUACACUCCCCGUUCAUCUAGUCGGUAUGGUCCUAUGGCUACACCAAGAUCCAAGUCUUACUCGUCUUCAUCGUACAUCUCUAUGCCGAGAAUAAAUCCAGUCAAGCCAGUACCCCUUGAAAGCACUUACCAACCGAGAACAAGUAGCAAUGCGUACCAACCAAGGUCGAAUUCUGUGACAUCAGUCUACAACAAACCCACUGUGAAAAGUACUGUAACUGUAGUCUACAACAAACCCACUGUGAAAAGUACUGUCACAGCUGUGCCUUCAAGCCAUAGUACCUAUGAAGUACCUCCAAGAUUUCAGAAACAGAGACAACAAACUAGUAGAUCUGACAGUAGCAGCAGUUAUACAACUGUAUCAACUGAUUCUCACUCAGCCUAUCUACAGUCAAGUACAGACAUAUUGAAAGGUAUUGAGGAUUACAAGUCACUUUUCCAAGAAUAUAUUGAUAAGAAGUUUAGGAGACAAGUAGAUGUGAAACUAUUCCAAUCUGCAACUUUUGAUUGGAAAGCUUCUGUAGAAUUAAAUGGGGAAUUAUAUUGUAAUACAGAAAGGGCUAGUUCUAAGAGUGAGGCUGCACAGCUUGCUUGUAAAGUCGCUAUUACAGCGUUGUAUGAGAAUAUCAUGAAGUAUGUAGAUAUUGGAAAAUACUGUACUACCAAAUUAGAUAAUUGUCAAGGUAACUCAAGUCAACACAGAGUCCCUACCAAACCCACAAAAAGAACCAGGGAGGACGAAUGGUUUGCGGACAGGAUCAAAGAGUUGGUUAAUUCCAAGCCUAAUGGUAUUUGGGGGACAAGAUUUUCAGUGGAGUAUAAAACAAAAUAUAAAGAAGAACCUCCUGCUGGUUUGUUAGAAAAGUUGCAAAGUUGGACAGAUAUUGUCUCUGUAGAAAUGAUAAUGAAUAAAAUUAUUUUAUAUCCUGCCAAAACACAACAAUGUAAGACUGAAGAAUUAACAUCCAGAUUGAGUCUAAUUGAUCUGAAGGCUAAUGGGGACAGUAAAAAACUUCCACAUGUUGGCAGUGCGCCUGCUAAGCUGAGUGACAGUGCACUGGUUAACAGAGUAUCUGCUGCUACUACUGCAUAUAAUCUUGAUGGUUGUGGUGAUGACAAUUUGAGAAUUACUGUAUCACAGACUGGAGCAAUUCGAUCUGUCAGUGGUAAAUCUGGUACCACAAAUAAGGUUUGUGUGGAAAAAAAGAAGAUAAAGAUACUGCCGCCUCGGGUUCCUGCAAUUGGGUCAUCAAAUCAAGUUUACAUAUCCCAUGUUGAAAGUUGUUCUGAGUUUUAUGUUCAUGAUAACGAUUGUAAUAUAAAUGACAUUAUGGAUGAAAUUAGAGAUCACUAUGAGUUAACGACAAAACCACCACCAAUUCUGUCAGACUAUAAUAUUGGUGAGCAUUGUAUUGCUCAGUAUUCUGGGGAUAUUUGUUGGUGCAGAGCAAUUAUUUUGGGAAUUACACAAAAGUCAAAGACUAUGGAUGAAAUCCAUGUACAGUUUAUUGAUUUUGGUAACCAAGAAACUGUAACACAAGACAGGGUGAGAGAAUUGAUACCCAUGUGUGCCACCUCUCCAUCUCUUGCCAUACCUUGUCAAUUAUAUGGUGUACAACCACUUAAGAAUGAAAGUAAUUGGAGUAAAGCAGCAAAUAAAAGAUUUACAGAGUUGACAAAAGAAGAACUGAUCAUGAAGAUAGUGGAAUUGACAGGUAAAUGUGAAAUCGUGCUUGUAUAA